AUGUGCAAAACGUCGCCGGAGACGUUCCAUCGCUCCAGCGUUCUACGACAGCUUGAAACCUGGGCGUGCCCUGGCGUGUGUGUGAGCGAUGCUUUGCAAGACGUUCAAGACCGUGAUGCCUUGAUGGUUCAGCUUGUGUUCGAGGCAGUUCCCACACCAUCUCCAGCUCCUGUUCGUGGAGAAACUCGCGCUGGAGCUCUGCGAGCAGUUGGAUGUGGCAGGCGAUGCCUCAUCGAGGCAGUUUGCUUCAGUUGCUUGCUAGCCUGGAGUUUUGCUGCAUUGCCAAAGCCAUUGCAGCAGAAGGCUAAAGCGCAAGAGCUUUGGCUCUGA